GCUUGUCACGGGUUCCUUCGUCAGAGGAGUAACAAGGGUUGUUAUGACGUAGUGUUCUUUGUGACAGAAGACGGACAUUUUGAGCCGUAAAACAUACUACAACGGUUCUCUGACUUUUUGUAAGCCACGUUUUAUCACAAACCAUGGCGGACGCUCCCCCUCCCUACACACCGUACCCCACGAAGGAAGGUUUUGUCGACCCUUCGUCCAAUGUCCAGGCGUACGCGCUCCAGCAACCGGCGCCACAGCCCGUGGUGGUGACCCAGCCUCUCAUCAAGAUCAACCCCGCCAGUUUCCCCGUGGAGCCGGUACAGCUACAGUGUCCUCACUGCAACAACAACGUCCGCACGGACACGGAGAGGGUGGUCGGCGCCGUCACCUGGCUAUCCUCCUUCAUGCUCAUCGUCAUGAUAAUCGGCUUACUUGGACUGUGCUUCGUGCCUUUCUUUUUGGACUCUACCAAGGACGUGCGGCAUACCUGUCCUAACUGCAAGAAUCAUCUGGGAACUUAUCAUAGAAUGGAGUAAACAAAAACAAACAAACAAACAAACAAACAAAACAACGCCAUAUGUGUAUUUCAUAUGUCGAUUCUAUGAGUGGACCUGACAGAGAAAUACAAAUUUGUCUUCUGUUGUCAAAGUUAAAAUAGAGAACUUUACCUUCACACGAAAUAAACUACAAAAUUUGUAACAAAAUAUCAUUGCUCCUAACAUAAUGCUGUGUUAAGCUUGUCGACCACUGUCAUGUUGACGGCCAAGUUGUUUGAUAGAUGUUGUCUACGUGAAUGUUAGAGAAUUAUGCACUGUAAAUAUUAUUGAUAGGAGAAAUCAAUCCACCGUAAUUAACAGGAAUAAAGAGAGAUCAAUAUUUAACGA